AUGAUUCUUCUCCGAGAAGACAUUCAGAUCAAGAUUAAAGAGCUCGAGCAGUGGGAGCUACGGCAGCCAAGUGCAGGACUGGGGGCGGGCUUGUCGCCCAACAGGAAAAACAGCCCAGUUCGAGGGCCUGAGGCGACGAGCCACCUCAGCAACGGAGUCCCGAUCGCAGACCCGUUUCUCGCCUCGAUAAUCAACAAGUUGCAAACGAACAUCCUUCAAACGCUAUCGCAGCGGCUCGCGGGGGAGGGCAAGCCCAUGGGUAAGCAGGAAUUGGAGGCAGUGGUUAGCCCACAGAUGACUCAAUUCCAGAAGGAAAUGACUGUCUUCGAGCAGCGCAAGUUCCGGGAAUACGAUUCCAAGAUGGACCAAUUGCUCAAGGAGAACAGGAAGUUGUCCAACCAAGUAAUAAGACUCAAAGACCGUUGGGAUAGCUUAGUGGAAAGCGCGAAGCAAAAACGGAACCAGCAAGAGCGUCAAUGA